AUGGCAUCGGCUGGGCACCUCGUCACCUGGCUCCUGUGGGGCUACUUGCUGGAGCUGUGGACAGGAGGUCACACAGCUGACACCCCGCACCCCCGCUUACGCCUGUCACAUAAAGAGCUCUUGGAUCUAAACAGAACAUCGGUCUUUCAUAGCCGUUUUGGAUUUCUUAAUCUCCAGACAAUGCUGCUGGAUGAAUAUCAAGAGAGACUCUUCGUGGGAGGCAAGGAUCUUGUAUAUUCCCUCAGCUUAGAACACAUCAGCAGUGGCUAUAGAGAGAUACACUGGCCAAGUACAGCACUAAAAACAGAAGAAUGCAUAAUGAAAGGAAAUGAUGCCAAUGAAUGUGCAAAUUAUGUUCGGGUUUUGCAUCACUAUAACAGAACACAUCUACUGACAUGCGGGACAGGAGCUUUUGACCCACUCUGUGCCUUCAUCAGAGUUGGAUACCAUUUGGAGGCUCCCCUUUUUCACCUGGAACUGCACAGAUCUGAGAGAGGAAGGGGCAGAUGUCCCUUUGAUCCCAGCUCGUCCUUCAUCUCCACUUUAAUAGGCAGUGAAUUGUUUGCUGGACUCUACAGUGACUACUGGGGCAGGGACGCUGCCAUUUUCCGGAGCCUGGGGCGACUGGCUCAGAUCCGCACUGAGCAUGAUGAUGAGCGCCUGUUGAAAGAACCAAAAUUUGUAGGUUCUUAUAUGAUCCCUGACAAUGAAGACCGAGAUGACAACAAAGUGUAUUUCUUUUUCACGGAGAAGGCCCUGGAGGCAGAAAACAGUGCCCAUGCAAUUUACACCAGAGUGGGGCGACUCUGUGUGAAUGAUAUGGGAGGACAGAGAAUACUGGUGAAUAAGUGGAGCUCUUUCCUGAAAGCUAGACUGGUUUGCUCAGUACCAGGCAUGAAUGGGAUUGAUACAUAUUUUGAUGAAUUAGAGGAUGUGUUCUUGCUGCAUACCAGAGAUCAUAAGAACCCAGUGAUAUUUGGACUCUUCAACACUACCAGUAAUAUAUUUAGAGGCCAUGCUAUAUGUGUUUAUCACAUGUCUAGCAUCCGGGCAGCCUUUAAUGGACCAUAUGCACAUAAGGAAGGACCUGAAUACCACUGGUCACUCUAUGAAGGAAAAGUACCUUAUCCAAGACCUGGAUCUUGUGCCAGCAAAGUGAAUGGAGGCAGGUAUGAAACUACCAAAGACUAUCCCGAUGAUGCCAUCCGAUUUGCUAGAAGUCAUCCACUUAUGUACCAGCCCAUAAAACCUGCCCAUAAAAAACCAAUACUAGUGAAAACAGAUGGAAAGUAUAACCUGAAACAAAUAGCAGUGGAUCGAGUAGAAGCUGAGGAUGGCCAAUAUGAUGUCUUGUUCAUUGGGACAGAUAAUGGAGUUGUGCUGAAAGUAAUCACAAUUUACAACCAAGAAACAGAAUCAAUGGAAGAAGUAAUUCUAGAAGAACUUCAGAUAUUCAAGCAUCCAGUUCCUAUUAUUUCUAUGGAGAUUUCAUCAAAGAGACAACAGCUCUAUGUUGGGUCUGCUUCUGCUGUGGCCCAAGUCCGAUUCCACCAGUGUGACAUGUAUGGAAGUGCUUGUGCAGACUGCUGCCUGGCCCGAGACCCUUACUGCGCCUGGGAUGGCAUCUCCUGCUCUCGGUAUUACCCAACAGGCACACAUGCGAAACGGCGGUUCCGCAGACAAGAUGUUCGGCAUGGGAAUGCAGCUCAGCAGUGCUUUGGACAGCAGUUUGUCGGGGAUGCUUUGGAUAAAACUGAAGAGAGAUUGGCCUAUGGCAUAGAGAAUAACAGUACUUUGCUGGAAUGUACUCCACGAUCUUUACAAGCAAAAGUUAUCUGGUUUGUACAGAAAGGACGUGAUGCAAGAAAAGAGGAGGUGAAGACAGAUGAUAGAGUGGUUAAGAUGGACCUCGGUUUACUCUUCCUAAGAGUACGCAGAAUGGAUGCUGGGACCUAUUUUUGCCAGACCGUAGAGCAUAGUUUUGUUCACACCAUCCGUAAAAUCACCCUGGAGGUAGUGGAAGAGGAGAGAGUGGAGGAGAUGUUUAACAAAGACUUUGAAGACGAUAGACUUCAUAAGAUGCCUUGUCCUGCCCAGAGCAUCAUCCCACGUGGGACAAAACCAUGGUACAAGGAAUUCUUGCAGCUGAUUGGUUAUAGCAACUUCCAGAGAGUGGAAGAAUACUGUGAGAAGGUAUGGUGCACAGAUAAGAAGAGAAAAAAGCUUAAAAUGUCCCCGUCCAAGUGGAAGUAUGCCAACCCACAGGAAAAGAAGCUACGUCCCAAAACUGAGCACUAUCGCCUGCCAAGACACGCACUGGACUCCUGA